AAAAAAAACGAUUUUACUCAUAGAAUUGGUCUAGAAUGUUACCACAAUGUAUCCUUAGUAUUUUAAGACAUAUUAUGGCAUUUGAUCAAAAUUAUUUUUGAAAUCUACCUGAUAAUAGAAUUCUGAAGUACUAAUUGAUCUACAAACAGCUGAAUUAACCUAUAUCAAAAUUAUUUCAAAGGAUAACAUUAAUAUAUUUACAAAGAAAACACAACUUUACAAAAAAACAUAAUGGAUAUUUUACGCGACUGGUCAAACUUAUUUCAGUUUAACAAUAAAGAAAGCUAGUUUUAUUGAGUAUUGGCUAUGAUGAAAUUCAAGGAUACUACAAACUCAGAAUUCUCUAUUGAGUCUCUUGGAAAAAGUGACAAAGAAGUAUGUCACAUGUGGAGGAUGAAACCAAAGGAACUAUUCCGGAUGGUAUUAGUAUUGAUAGCUUUGCAAAUGAUUCCCCAAUACAAUCUUCAAAAGUACUAUUUGAUAUACCCAGAGAUGAAACAAGCAUGGAAAGUCAGCAUGAUGACAUCAGCGAGGAACCCAAUUCCAACCAGUUCAUCCUAGAAAACUUUUCAUUCAGUAUAACUUCCUUUCCUUCAAAAUCUGCUGCUGAAGAAUAUUUCUGUCGUAUUUGCCAAGAAGAAAAUGUUUCAGAAGAAAACAUUUCUCCUUGUAGCUGCCGAGGCACAAUGGGCCGAAUACACAGAAGCUGCUUAGAGCAAUGGCUAGCCACGAGUGAUUCUGAAAAGUGUGAGGUUUGUGGCUUCAAGUUCACUGUCACAAGGCGACCCAAGUAUAACAUUUUCCAAGCAUUAAUAGUUUGGUUAACCAUAGAAGAAUCUAGAAGAGAAAGAUUAUUAAUGAUUUCAGACAGCAUUGGGUUCUUAACAGCUUUUCCACUAAUUUUACUGGCAAACCAUCAAUCAAUAACUCUUCUUGAGAUAUUUCACUUGGAUGUGAUAGAUACGACUGAUUUUUAUAUUCCAAUCUUCCUGCCAAAUUUAGUGUUCAAUGAAAUAAUGCAAGCAACUGGUCAACUUACAACAUUUUUUAUAAUGGGAGCAGUCAGUUUUCUCGAUGUGUUCUACUUUACUUGGCUCUUCUUGAGGAUGCAUAGGCAUUUUUUAGAAUGGUACAAAUGGUAUAGAACCCAAUGUGAAGUUCAUCUGAUCCUUCCCGAAAACAAAUGAAAACAAUACAAAUAUUAUUAAAAUAUCACUGAACAUAGAACUGAUAUAAUAUAUAUCUGUAUUUUUUAAAUUUUUUUAGUAAAAAUUAUGUAAG